CGAAGUGGACGCGCGCGCGAAAGACUGAAUCUUGAAACUGGCUUUUUGUGGAUGGUGGGAGAAGGAGUGGCUCCAACUUGUGGUGGACGAGUAGAGUGGAACUGAUAGUACGUGUGACAUUGGUAGCAAAUCGUACUUUGAAGUUUUUGGUCCAAAAGCAACAAGUGCGCCGGCUGGACGCCACCUGUAGGGGUUAGGUGUGCCUUCGUGAAAGUGAAUGUGAAUCUGGCGCCAAACUGAACAUAGUGUCUCGUCGUGUGGAUAACGAAAGUGAAUAUGGCUAGCACCUGCCCUAUUUGUAAACAAGAGGCUUCUGCUGACGGAGCGAAUGUACGCUGUCACGGCUGUGGCAGUGAUUUACAUCAUAAAUGUGCUGGCAUCACGGAGUCAUCAUACAAGUCGAUGGGCAUGAACAGAAAGAUGGCCUGGAAAUGCAGCGGCUGUAAAGCAGACAACAAGAGUGGUUCAAGUGACAAGAGAAACCUGAGUUUGAGUGCUGGCGAGCAAGACCUGACAGCGGCUACCAUACUUGAGCUCAAGAACAUCGUCUUGGAAAUGAAAAACGAUCUGAAUGAAAGCAUUAAAGGGCAACAAUUUGUGAGUCUGGAGUAUGAGGACAUGAAAAAGCAGAUCUUGGAGUUAGUCCAGGAGGUGAAGUCAAUGAAAAAUGAAGUGAGUGAUCUGUUGAACAAGUGCGCCGAGAAGGAUGAAAUAAUUUUGAGGCAGGAAGAGAGAAUCCAAGAUCUAGAAAACCACUCCAGAAACAGGAACAUUGUGUUAUCAGGUGUGAUUGAAAAAAAUGGUGAAAAAGUGGAGGACAUUGUGUGCAGAGUGUGUGAGCAUCUCGAUGUACACAUUGAGAAGACUGACAUCGAAGCAGCUCACAGAAUUCCUACGCAACGCCCUGGGGUCCCAAAACCAAUAGUGGUGGAACUGCGGUCACGCAAGAUCAGGGAAGAAAUACUGAGAAAAAAGAAGCAAAAGGAAGUGUUCAACGAUGUGAUCUACUCUGGUGAGGGUGGCAAGGUAUUCAUCAUGGAGCAAGUUUCGCCGAAAAUUGGGUAUCUCAAGUACAGAGCCAAACAAUUAGCAAAUAGACAUAACUGGAAAUUUGUUUGGAUCAAAAAUGGAAAACUGUUUGCUAGGAAAGGUGAAAAUUCUCCAGUUGUGAAGAUUGUGACGGAGGAAAACCUUGAAGCUAUAAGGUAAUUUGUCUCCUUGGUGUAGCACUUGUGUGAUACAAUUGGAAAAAUAAAAUGGCUAUGAACACGGACUUUGUUUUGGACGAUUGGAAUAUUAAUGAUGUUUUAGAAGUUUCAACAUGUGAAGAAUGGAUAGGUGAAAAGGAGACGGAGGGUGAUUUGUGCAUUGUACAUUUAAACAUAAGAACGAUUCAUAAGUACUGGGAUCAACUAUGUAUACUACUGGAUAAAGUAUUGGAACAGAUAGAUAUCAUAGUUCUUAGUGAGACUAGAAUAAGAAGUAGUUUUGAAAAGUAUGUGCUACAUCACUUUAGCAGUAUAAAUGCUAUCAGAAGUAAUUGUGAAGGUGGUGGUCUAUCGGUGUUUGUAAGAGACACUCUCUCUUCUAGACAAAUCAGUAUAACCCCGAAAAAUUUUGAGGGAAUUUGUGUGGAAGUAUGUGAUGGGAGAGGCCGACAAGCAACAAUAUUGGCUGUGUAUAGACCCCCCUAUGGUAAGACAGCGGACUUUGUGGAUGAAAUAGAUGAUCUACUUCAAGCGGAAAAGUGGAAAAAUACUGUAAUAAUAGGAGACAUAAAUAUUAAUAUUCUGCAGGAAGGUAAAAUCACAAGUGAUUAUAUAGAUAUGUUAUUAAGUAAUAAAAUCAGGCACUGUAUUAACAAAUGUACCAGAGAGGAAUAUGCUGGAAACCAUUUAAGUGAAACCUGUAUUGAUCAUAUUGCGGUAAGUGUUAAUUAUAAGAAUGUGUAUCCUGCCAUAAUAAAAUGUAAAAUUAGUGAUCACUAUAUGAUAGGAGCUCUG